AUGACGACAUUCACGGUAUCCUUUUCCAUACAUUGUUUUUGCAAAAAGGUUCAUUUCAGGAGCAUUUUUGGCGAUUUUUCUUUGGUUUUUCACUAUUGGCGACCUUGAAGGCCGCCAAUUACACGUGUGAGUGAAAAUUAGCCCCUAUAGGGGUUACUAAAGCUUGCCAGAGGUUUUAGUUAGGUGCCCCUAUAGGGGACAUGCUAGCCAGUAAUUUUCAUGCCUAUGCGUAAGAGCAGUUCCAUCAGACCCUAAACCCCUAUAGGGACCACUUUUUCGGCCCCUAUAGGGGUUGUUGUUCCCCUUGCUCCUAUAAGGACACUCUAAAUAACCUAAGAUUGAAACCGUCUGAUUUCUUUGCGCUCUCUCGGUUUUGCAUGUUGUUUUUCUGUUUGUCUAACUUUAGGGUUAGACAUAAUAGAGCGCAGAGAAGUCAGAAUGCUUCAAUUUUACUCAAAAAUUAACUUUUCAGUGAACGACACCUGUGACUGGGUUACCUGUCCGUCGGGCCAGGUAUGCGCCCAACUGUUCAUGCCGCUAUUCAGUGCUCCCGUGGAGGCACCCAGAUGUGUACCUCAUUUUCCUUCUGACCUUACCUGUACCGACACAAAAUGCUCCAACACGAGCCGAUGUGCUUCAUUCUCCGGCAACUCUCCCUACUGUUACCCUAAUUACGGUGAGAUCGUUCGUCUGACUUGUCUGCGCCCUCUUUUCUCUCAUCGAUCAUGAGAGGAAGAGAAGAGAGUGCAGAGAAGUUCUAGUUUUGUUCUUUAUUCUCCGGCAACUCUCCCUACUGUUACCCUUACUAUGGUGAGAUGGUUCAUUCUCCCCGUCUGACUUGUCUGCGCCCUCUUUUCUCUCAUCGAUCAUGAGAGGAAGAGAAGAGAGCGCAGAGAAGUUUUAGUUUAGUUCUUCCUUCUCCGGCAACUUUCCCUUUUGUUAUCCUAACUAUGGUAAGAUAGUUCAUUCUAUCCUUCUGACUUGUCUGCGCCCUCUUUUCUCUCAUCGACCAUGAGAGGAAGAGAAGAGAGGGCAGAGAAUUUCGAAUAUAGUUCACUCGCCACUUUUCAAAACAGUCUGGCUUCUCUUCACUCUGUUCACUCUAAUCAACGAAGGAAGAGAAAAGAGAGCCCAGAGAAACGAUACUUGAAAAUGACCUGAAAAAUGAAAAAUUCAGAUCUGAUGCCGUGCACAAAAAGGAUAUGCCCCAGAGACAAGAUCUGCUUCCAAGAAAAUGAAAAUUCGACCACUUCAAAGUGUGUGAAACCGGAAGGUUUGUUAGGACUUGCGCCCGACGAGAAACUGUUUGCGCGCGACAGCAUACUGGAUCAACGAAAACCAUUUUACAGCCGUACCAAAAUGUGCAGGGAAGAACGAGAUUUUCACCUCUUGUGAGAAUGGAUGCGAUCCAACCUGUGACUAUCCUCGUUUCAAGGUAAAAAUUUCUUUCCAAUUAAUAAAUAUUCAUUUUUAGAACUGCAAUACAUCAAUCUGUAGAAGAGGCUGUAAAUGUAGGCCUGGUUAUUUGAGGUUAAAUGGAACGUGUACCAAGGGAAACGAGUGUCCCGCACCAAGUUUGUGGUUUUUUUUUCUCCAUUUGAUUCGAGACUAAUCGAAUAUAUUUGUAAUUUGCUGCAUAAUCUCGAAAUAAGACCUCAAAAUUGGCGAAAAACAAGGCCGAAAAAUCAACACAAAACAAUGAAACAAUUGCGCUCUAUUGACAUAUUGACCUUGAAAAAAUCUGCAACUUGAUUUUUUCGCCUUAUUCCCUUAUGUAUUCAUACUCCAACCCUAUUUCUACAAUAAAAUCAAAUUUUUCAAAAAAUUAGCAAUGGAGCGCACAUGCUCGUACCGCGGCUAUUUUUUCUCAACUAUCAAUUUUGGUUGUUUUCACUCGAAAAAAGGAUUUUUUGACCCAAGAUGCCUGAUUUUUGAACAUUAGCAGUAGAGCGCAUAAGAUCGAGUCUCAGAGGCUAUUUUUUUCAACCAAUUAAAAGAAAUAGGUGGCAUAUUGGCAUUGAAAAAACCGCAUCUUGACUUAUUUAGCCUCAUUUCCUUUCGGAUCCACAUUACAUCCACAUUUCGAGUAUUAAAAUCGACUUUUUAAAAAAUUAGCGAUGGAGCGCACAUGCUCGUACCGUGGCUAUUUUUUCUCAACUAUCAAUUUUGGUUGUUUUUAUUUCAAAAAAGACGCUUUUUUGGCUUCUGAUGCCUGAUAUUUGAUUAUUGGCGAUAGAGCGCAUGAGAUCGAGUCUCAGAGGCUGUUUUUUUCUACCAUUUUGGGAGUUUGAAAAAAAAAAUGAAAUAGGUGGCAUAUUGGCAUUGAAAAAAUCUGCAACUUGACUUGUUUUGCCGUAAUCCCUUUUGUAUUCCCAUUUCAUCCGUAUUUUAAGUACAAAAUCCACUUUUUCAAAAAAAUUAGCAAUGGAGCGCACAUGCUCAUACCACGGCUAUUUUUUCUCAAGAAUCAAUUUCGGUUAUUUUCAUUCGAAAAAAAGGAUUUUUUUUCACCCAAAAUGCUCAAUUUUUGAAUAUUAGCAAUAGAGCGCAUGAGAUCGAGUUCCAGAGUCUUUUUUUUUCAAUCAACUGGAAGUUUAAAACAAUUUUUUCGCCUUGUUUCCGUUCGGAUUCACAUUACAUCCACAUUUCGAGUAUAAAAAUCGACUUUUUAAAAAAUUAGCAACGGAGCGCACAUGCUCGUACCGCGGCUAUUUUUUCUCAACUAUCAAUUUCGGUUGUUUUUUCGACUAACUUGGAAGUUUUAAAAAGGAGAUAGGUGUCUUUUUACAAGCGAAAUGUUUUUUUGGAAAAAAAUCCAAGUUCAGACACCACAACCUGUGCCUCUCUGAAAUGCCCAACCGGUCAGAAGUGUAAGCAAUCUUUCGAUCAGGAUUUUUUGACACCAUUUGGACCCCCAGCUUGCGUAAAUACUACUGCAAAUCAGACGCUUUGCGUCGACAUGACUUGUCCCAAGAACAGGAUGUGUACUGAUGGGGAAAGGAAAAGUUACUGUUUCAUCAAGCCAGGUGAGUACUCUUUUGAAAAAAAAUAUGGGAUUUUUCAGAUCAUUUACCGUGUUACAAGCGUAAAUGUCCAAGUGGGACAAUUUGUUUCGAGGCCUCGCCAAAGAAUUCUACUUCUAAAUGUAUCCUUCGCAAAGGUAAACUUGAAUGGAAAGUCGCAUUUGGAAUGGCUCGACGCCUGACGGUAUCAUAUAGCAUGAGGGAGUAGCAAAGUCGGUUUAGGUCGGGCGCACUCUAAGAUUCAUUUUUGAAAUUUUUUUUCGAAGCUUCGCCUAGGAAUUCUUCCUCUAAAUGUAUCCUUCGUGAAGGUGAACUUGAGUACAAAGUUGCAUUUGGAAUGGCUCGACGCCUGACGGUAUCUAAUAGCAUACGGGAGUAGCAAAGUCGGUUAAGGUCGGGCGCACUUUAAGAUUAAUUUUGAACAAUUUUUUCGAGACUUUGCCUAGGAAUUCUUCCUCUAAAUGUAUCCUUCGUAAAGGUUGAGUCUAAAGUCGCAUUUGGAAUGGCAUGACGCCUGACGGUAUCUUAUAGCAUAAGAGAGUAGCAAAGUAGGUUAAGGUCGGGCGCACUUUAAGAUUAAUUUUGAACAAUUUUUUCGAGACUUUGCCUAGGAAUUCUUCCUCUAAAUGUAUCCGUCGUAAAGGAAAACUUGAGUCUAAAGUCGCAUUUGGAAUGGCUCGACGCCUGACGGUAUCUUGUAGCAUAAGGGAGUAGCAAAGUCGGUUAGGGUCGGGCGCAGUUCAAGCUUCAUUUUCAAUGCUAAAAAGUGACUUUUCGAGGCAUUUCAAAGCGUAUAUUUAAUCAAUUUUUGAACAUCUCUCAAAAAACCAUUCAGAUGCUCCAAAAUGCACUAGUCCCAACGAAACAUACACCCCUUGCAAGAAUGGUAGAGAUGAAGACGUCUGUGAUCCUUCCUCAGUUAAGGUGAUUAAUUUUUUGACUUAAAGCUGAAAAAAUUUGAUAGGGUCCACUGAUUAUUUUGAUAUAUUUGAUAAACUCGAUUAUCCCAGAAAGUCUCGAAAAACGACUGCGUUCCCGGGUGCAAAUGCAAAGUCGGAUUCGUGAGAAUCGCCGGAAAAUGCGUCAGCUACAAAGAAUGUCCUCCAGUUGUCCAUGGCAGUGAGUUUCAGGAAAAAAUUUAAACGUCAAAAAAAUGUUUCAGAAUUCACUUGCAGACCAAACGAAGCGUAUCAAAAGACCGAAAAUUACCUUUUGAACAACUGCAAGCACAAGUUCUACGUGAGACUAAUAACAAAAAUUUCAAGUUUGAAUGUUUUUUUCAGAAUCUGAAUGAGAGAGAGAAGCACUGUGUUUGUCGUUGGGGUCUUAGAAGGAAUUCCAAGGGAAAUUGUGUUCCUUUGAGCGAAUGUCCAAAAGGUAAAAUGGAAAAAUCAGGCUUGGUUGAUCGAGGAAAUCAUGCUCUAUUGAUAAUUUCUGAUUAUCAAGCUUCUAGAAAAUGAAACUUCAAAAAAACCGAGUUUCUCGUAUUUUUAGAAACUACUCGUACGUUGGUAAAGCGGAACGGACGUUUCUGUGCCAUUCUAGGGAUCACUUAAGAGUUCUGACGCUACUAAAGUGGUCACUAGGAAUGCUCAGAAACGUCCGGAGCAAGUUCGUUUCGCAUUACCAAUGUUCGAGUAGGUGAAAAAAGGUGAGAAAAAAUAGCCGUGAUAUACUGGAUCAAAUAUGCUCCACGGAUAAUCCAAACUUUUACUUCAGAAAAAAAAAACGACGUUUUUGUCAUUUACAACCCCUAUAGGGGCCAAAAAGGUGGUCCCUAUAGGAUUAAGGGUCUUCCUAGAAUUCCUUCACCGAAGCUUUCAAGUCAAAAACCGCAGCCCAGCCAUUCCCCACGCGACCAACACUAUAGAAAAUCGUUAACAUUGCAGACAGCUGCGAUUUGAACGAAGAAUGGUCGAAAUGCCCCUACUGUGAGGAUUAUUGCGGCGGAACCGCGUUCCGAUUGAUGUGCGAGAAAGGCUUCGAGCACUUGCAGAACAACUGCGAGCCCGGCUGCGGAUGUAAACCAAACUUUGCUAGGAACCUGAGCGACGUCUGUGUCCCGACCGCUUCCUGCACUUUGUGA